AUGUAAGGGAAAGGUUUUAGGACGAAUAAUGUUAAGAGUAAGUUGUUUAAGAACAGCCAGCAAUUUGGGAAUAUUAAUGGAGAAAUACGCAAGAGAGUAUAUGAAAUAGCCUCUAAACAAAGAUUCAUGCUAAAUAUAGGAGGAGACCAUAGUGUGGCUUGUGGAUCUCUACAUGGGUUGCUUGAACAUUACAGUUAUGAAUUAAGGGUCAUUUUGGUGGAUGCUCAUGCAAAUUGCAAUUAUGAACUUGAUUUAAAUAGGAAUUCUCAUGGGAUGCCUUUAGGACAUCUUUAUGGAGCUAUCACUGAGCAAAUUAAAGGAUUUGAAUGGUUGAAACAACGAUUGGAUACUAAGAAUAUCAUAUAUGUUGGAAUUUGA